GGUGUGCUCCAGCGGGUCCAUUCUGUUGAUCUAGACCCGCAACCCUGACCGGCCAGCGCCAGCCAUGCAAUGCCGCCAUGCCCACUACCCGCAGUGCCUGGCAGACCCCUGUCUGGCUUCAGACCAAGCAACCCGUCGCCCGCCUGUUGAGAUAUACACAACUGUCUGCUGCGGCAGUCCAAACUGUCGGUGAACAGCAUUAGGUGCUUAUAUCGCAACAAAAGCGUCUAAGCCGGCCCCUGGAUUAGCUGGGACAGCCAGCAACUCCUCCCCCUGGUCCCGGGCCUUCGCCCGUCCACAGCCUCCUCCUGGCUGGCCAUUGCCAGAUGCCACCCACCCAUUAUGGCACUGCCAAUCCUCCCCAACCCAUCCAACUUCCUUGGCGUUGCUCUCGUUAUCAAUCGCUCUAGGGAUGGCCCAAGCUUCGUCUUCCACUACCCCCCGCAUGUGAACGUGGCGCCUGACCCGCCUGCUUCGGGCGACCUGGAUGACGACGAAAGGGAACACGGCCAUGGUCACGGCCCCGGCCACGGCCAUGCCAAGGACUAUGAAUACGAUGAGGGCGGUGAUUUCGCCGACAGGGAGCAGCGCCUCGCUCCCAGGCUCGACGCCGAUGGCACUUCUCCUGCCGUCCUGCUGAAACGCAACCAGGACGACCAUCUAGUAACUGAGAGCGGCACCCAGAUCGUGCCCUGGGAGCAUGUCGCCGGCUUCCCGACCAAGGACCUGGAAAGCAUCCUGACCCCGGGCCGCGCCUACCACAAGACGCUGUUCCAGCUCUCCCUAGACCCUAUUUACUGCGUUUCAUAUCCAAUCCACGUGCCCGAGAGUGGCAGCUGGAAGAAGCGCAAGAAGAAGAAAAAGAAGAACGAUCUCAAGAAGAAGGCCAGUGUCUUUUCAUCUGGCAGUCUCUUCUCCACCAUAAGAGACCCAGACGCCCAGCACGACUCGGACGCUGCCCACAAAGACUCUGUCAGGCCGCCGGCGGUUACGGCCAGGUCCGAUGCUUCCGGUCCGUUGCUCAUGGCUGGAAACGGGUCGAGUCUUCAAGACGAUCUAGACGGCCCUGGGCACGAGGCUAGGGAGGACGAGGAAGAUGAGAAGGGCGGGGACAAGGAAAAGGAUAAGAAUGACAAGGUCAGCUCCAUGACCAUGCUCAACCUGGUAUUCUUCCUCAACCCCAAAAAGCACGAGGUCAAGGAGCUCGUCAACAGCAUGUACACCCACAUCAUUCGCCAAGUGAACAAGUCCUACAAGUACUGCCAGGAGCGGAACGACUUUGUGUGGAAGGAAUCUAAGAAAAUCCUGGCUCUCAAGGACAAGGCCCGCGAAGACCGUACCAGGAUGACGGUCUUGUGGCACGAGAUCCUGGCCGCCUCGUCGCUCGCCCAGUCGAUGCAAGACGUCUACGAGACCAUCAGUCAAAACAGGAUUGCCGUCCUGCAGCUGGACACUCAGGACGGUGCCGUCACCCACUCGGUGCAGAUCCCCAUUCCGUUGUACAUCUCGGACCUCCCCCAGGAGUGCGAGCGCGAUGCGCCGGGGAUAUGGCUCACCACAGCCAACUCGUUUGCUGCCAACGGCCGGGACCCGGCCGAGCUAGGCUUCCUGGACAAGAACUUUGGCCUACUGCUGCUCGACGAGGACAAGAAGAUUAUCACGGAGCUGCAGUCGGACCCAGACGAGUCCACUGUGGCCAUGAUUGAGUUUAUAAGACACUCCAAGCCAACGCUGUCAUUCCACCAGGUCGCCAGCCAGUCCAAUCUCCUCAGCUUGAGCCAGAUACACCAGUUCGCGCACCACUUCAUCUUCUGGAGGCGCGCCGUCGCCAUCCCGCCGCUGCAUGCACGCGACAUCUACAUGCUAUCGCCAAACUGCGAUCUAAACAAGCUGCCCCAGGCGAGCGUGAAGUUUGCCCGUGCCUUCCCUCACUGCCCGCCGCUGCCAAACAUCCUCGCCGACCUCUCGGCCGCCCCUCGCCCCUACAAAUUCUUCUGCCCCAACAAAACCAUCCGAGCCGAGUACAUGCGCAUUCUCACAUGGCUCAUGCGUGGUGGCUGGGUCACCCAGCUAUGUACUUUUGCUUACAUUGUAGUCUGGCCCGAGAUCAUCUACGAAGUCGAACAUGCUCUUGAGGCCGAGGAGCUCGCCAAGGCCAAAGCCGCGCAAGCCGCCGCCAGUGCCGAGCCUGCUGCCACUGCCACUGAUUCUGCCACUGCCACUGCUGGCAGCGGGGGGUCCGCAGCGCUCACCCCUACCUCUGUCUCGGAAGAGCGCAAGAGUAGCGGGAGCACCCAGCUGCAGCUGCUGUCGCCACAGCCACGGUCCGCCUCUGUCUCCACCGCUACCGAUGGGCCUGACGGUGCGUCGGAUGACGGCGACGCCAUCUUGCGGUCCGGCACCGCAUCUCCCUCAGAGCUGUCGCGGCCGGCAUCCUCGUCUCCCUCGAUGAGAUCGCCGACCGGAACACAGGCGCCACAGCAUGUGCGUCCGCAGCCGACAGCAGCCCAACAGGCAGCCGAGAAGGCCCGGCUCGGCCGCCUAGCAGAUAAGGCGGCACGAGAGCUGGCAGAAAAGGCGAGCGCGCACGCCCGGAAGCCACAGCCAGCCCAUACAGCCCAUCCCAGCGUCAACAACGCCCCGCACCUCAUCCACCUCUCGCCCCAUAUCAUCCUCGACCCCAGCACCGUCACAGGCACCGAAAGCCUCUACCUGAGCGCCAUCGGCCGUCGCCUGCGCCGGCGUAGCGCCCUCCCCCCCGGCGGCGGCACCACCGCUUCGGUCGCCGAUCCUACCUUGGCCCCCGGCGGUCUAGUCCCGCCCCCAUUCUCCAUAGGCGCCGCCAGCCUCGGCCACCACGCUACGGCCGGCAUCGGCACCACCAAGAGCGGCGGCGGCGGCGGUGGCGGCGGCGGUGGCGGCGACGGCAUCACGUCGACGGCAGAGUGGGACGAGAGAGUUGCAAACACGUGGUCCGUGUUCUGGAAAUACUUCAACGGCCACUGCGCCCUCGAGAGGAUUGCGCUCCAGGAAGACAUGAAACGACGCGACGUCUGGGCACUUUUGACGGCCAUGAGCGAGUAUCUCCUCUGCAUAAGGCACUGGUAGCCACUGCCGGCUGCGCACUGGGGUAUAUUUAUCGAGCAGGGCGGUGUGAAAGAGCGCAAUAGUCUCGAGUCGUCGACGCUCAAUUCCCAAAGCUCAUCGCCGCCGCACGGGCUGGCAACAAGACCAAGUAGAAUACGGGUGACGAUACAACAAAUCAGAUGUUUCAAACUCCUGUAAACAGGGCGAGAAGGACGGAUUGUAGGGGAGGAAGGCAAAUGAGGAUAAACUGAGUGCCGAGGCACCAAGAUGCAGAGGAAAACCUAAAUCAUAUUUAAAAGGAGAGCAAAAGCGAAUCCGUUUCUCCCAUGCAUGGAUCAAGAGCGCCCGGUCUCACCCUGUCAAAGGGGAAACAUUCCCAAAAGUGUACGCCGCCAUGACCGGCUUGCUCCCGAACUACCUAUUGAGAAUGCAACGGCUUAGCCAUGUGUUGAUAAGAAAAAAUGAGACAGGCAGGAGAUGUAGACAUGCGGAGAGCCAAAGGACAAACCGGAAGAGGAAGAGAAAAAAAAAGGGGGGGAACUACAAUCAGAUAU